AUGGACCAAUCAGAUUCAGCGGCGGAGUCCGAACCAGAUUCUCCUGCACAGAAUACCACAGUUGUAGACAACAGUGAUCCGCCAGGUCCUUCUGUAGCACCCUCUAGUCCCCUGUCUGAUGAGCAGCCUGUCCGCCGUUGGCUGUUACCAACCCCCCCUCCUCCUCCUCCUUCGACUGACUUGAAUGCUUUCACGCCUUCGGACUUUUUUCAGGACCUGGAGGAUCCAUCUGCCGUUGUUGUCGUCAGUAGGUCCACUUCGCAGACACAGGGCUCCACCACAGUCAGUGUGAGGGCUUCGGAGGUGCAGAUAUGUGACGGAACGGACGCGUCUGGUAAAGCCAUUGCGAGCCGACCAGUCGUGUCGCAGAAUUCAGUCCAGUCGACGGCGGCAGCGGAAUCAACCCCACCCGGCAGUCCUCCUUCGAUGGAGGAGCCCUUACGCACCCCGACAACUAGUAAGAUACAGUUUCUGGUGUAAAAUUUAUUAAAUGAAGUGCCACUUACCCUCCCUUCCUCCUAUUUAGCGCCAUCAUCGCCAAGACGCCAAGCUAUCUUCCCUUUGCCCCUCAAAUUUCGAUUAGUAUCACAUGGCCCUCAGUCCACUCGACCGCAAAUGAGUAGUUGAGUAGAAAUAGUGAUCGAGUGAGAUUCGAACAGCAUAAGUAAACGUCGCAACCACGUCUCUCCAUUUGAAACGUAUUUCACACUGCGUCGGAUAUGUGUACUACGUUCCCAUAAGUGCAUCUUCCGUCAGUAUCUGUAAUUCCAGGAUCUCCUAUCAAACUUCAAACAACCUGCCAGCCGCUCAAGUUCAUCUACCCCUGCCUUAUGGGAUCCACGAGGGCUGUCAUGCCAUUGUGUUUUCUAACUGACUCCCCGCUGAAUAACCACAAGGGUGAUAUAAUUUAGUAUAAGAGGAGUGUCCACCCACCUAUUCUUGUUGAUAGACAGAAAUUAACAUUGCAGCUUUGCCUUGGUCUUUCGAGUCCAGAUCCUAUCCAGACGACCUAUCGCUAAGUUCUUCGAAGAAUAUGAGGGACAGUGAAAUAACUACUCUUUUCGUACUGGCCAUCAUAACCCGAGGUCGAGCCCAGCUCCAGCCAGAAACUACCAUUCGAGUAUCCAUAAAAUUUGUCGAUAACCCUUUUCGAUUCAAUGAGCUUCCCAGAUCUACCGAAGAGAAUGUUAAAGCUCUCUGCCCUCCAUAUUCGGUCGAAAAUUUCCCUUGCCAGCCGCCUAGACACGGAGUUCAUAUAUCAGAAACCAAUAUAGAGAACUCAGGAAGACCCGCUGAGGAGCCAAAUACACUGCAUUUGCGUCACGAAGUAGGGGUAACUUCAGUGUUUGCGCUCUUAGCUGGCACCAAUGUUUGAGGUACGGCGUAAAUUACUGCCAUAUAUAUAUCUAUGAGAUGGAGCCGACAAAGACAAGGGAGACCGGAAUGGCCAUUUCUGGCUUAUUAGCCGUCAUCAGCCAGUCAUACCCAACCCCAAGUGUGGAUCACUUGAGAUUCGAACCCGAGAUCUGUGGUCAUGGAGUUUGACGCUCUAAUAUUGAGCCACGGGCCCGUUGUCCUGUCGGUUGUGAUCGGGAAUAUCAAUUAUGACAGUGGGCGCUCGCCGAUCAGGUUAGGGAACAUGAUCGUUCCGUUGUGCCUUGAGGCUCAUACUAGAAAACAGGCAUCCCAAGAAUCAUAAUUCGAAAGAAAUAAGCUCUUUGGGGAAGAUUAACAAGUUUUAUUGUAAAUUGUCGAUCUUGGUUCCCCAAGGCGUCUUCAGACGUGAAGUAAGUGUGCAAAACAGUCAACAUUUAAACAUUUCGAAAAAAUCGAUUUUGCCUUGUCAUUCCUGCUGGUCUAUUGUUCUGAUUGGCUAAUGCCUUUUCCACUUUUCCUUGAGGCUGUUGUACACCGUAUCCAAUUCUACGUGUCGAUUGUUGCAUGCGUUAUCAGAAUGGAUGGCCUCUAAAAAUUCACGGCCCUUUUUAGAUGAGCAGACACCUACAAUGCGGGUCCUGUCCCAGGCGAAUUUGUGUCCAGUUUCCAACGUAUGCAUGGCAACUUGGGACAAGUAGUCGCGCCUUCUUACGGCCAAAUGAUGUUCGUGUAUUCGCGUAGAGGCCGAUUUCCCAGUUUGACCACAGUAAACUGCAUUGCAGGUGUUGCAUGGUAUCUUAUAGACGACUUCCUUCUGGUUUAAAUAGCCAACCCUAUCCUUAGGGUGUACAAGCUGGUUACGAAGUGUAGUCGUCGGCUUGUGCGCCACAUGUAUCUGGUGCUUCCUCAGGUGUCUUUCAAUUAGUUCGGACACAUUCUUAAUGUAUGGAAGUGUUCGCCAGUCUUUAGGUUUGGGCGCCUGCUCGGAACAAUCUAGUUCCUUCUCUUUUUCUUUUAACUCCUGUCGUCGCAUGCAUCGGUGUACAAAAUAUCUAGGAUACCCAUUCUGAGAAAACAGUUUGAACAAAUAAUUCCGUUCUGUUUGAUAUGUUUCGUUGUCAGAGCAGUGGGUUCUUGCUGGUUUAAGGAGGCUGUUAACGGCACUCCGUUUGUGAGAGAUCGGGUGAUUGCUCUCGUAAUGCAAAAGAACUUCCGCGUAGGUUUCUUUGCGGAAACUCCAUGUAUUAGUCAAUGACCCAGUAAAUCUCUCUAGCACCACAUUUUCUGACCACACGUCAUUGUGGUUUGCCGCCGUGGCAACAUUCCCGUUGUUUACACAGCAGAAGCUGUUGUUUUGUGUCAGAAACCACUUUAUUUUUGCUUAUUUUUUGCAUCCUGCAUUGUGUGGCGCGACGCAGCAUGCUAUCGUGGAGCCCAGUUUUGCAAAUUUUGCCGGAUCCCAUCUCGAAUAUUUACAGACCGAGGAAGCGUAUACUUCGUGAAGCCGACUGUUUUAUAUCCUGUGAAACUCUCUUUUUUAUUCGACCAUCUACAUUACCUGAAGCACUUGGAAUUCUUCUGAAUCCUAGCAGCCGCUUAGUCUCUUGCUCAUAUUCUAAUCUAAGCAGGAAGCCAUAACCUGGUCUUCCGACACAAUCGUAUCCGUUACGACCUUUUGUGUUCUUUAAACGCACCUCAGGUCUGUGAUCCGCGUAUUCCCAUCCCCAACCCUGUUCCAAGUUCUCCUGCUCCUCGUAUCUCACGACCCCUGUGCUCUCAUGUCGAUAUUUAGUGCAGGGGUCGCAUGGAUAAGACAUCGGCUCCUGCCCAUUACAAUAAUGGCUUCCCAAUCAUAAAUCACGGAAACAGAGCCGUUGGCAGUGAAAAUUGCGCCUCUGCGACUUUCCUACUCCUAUGGGAUCCUAAGUACUACCAUUGCACUGCACGGCUGGCCCGGCGUCAGCAGUUUGCACGCCUAUAAAAAUCGAUAGUCUGGCUAUUGCAGAAGACGAUGUUCAUCGCCGCCGCCGCACGAGAUAGUCGCAGGGGGUGCCUUGUAAACAAAUUUGUUUCCAGCGAGGCAGACCUGCGCAGCACCUACCGCACGCUCUCUUCCCACACCCACCGAACUCCGACGGCAAACCAAGGACGGCCGAAGCUGAGCGUGGACGCAGUGUUUGACAAAGUUAAGCACCCCGUCUACGCGGCCCACACGUGGCCUAGUCCCUAACUCUGUUUGCACUUGACUGCGCCGAGGGACGUGCUUUCCACGUAUGCGGAAUGUGCAAUCCUUGCACUCAACGCGUCGUUCGUCAUACGGAUUCAGGCAAACUAGAUCACAUGCAUGUUGUUGGAGUGAGACGCGAUGUGUUGACGGUGGGUGCAGUGUAUGAGCAAGUUAUGGGGUAAGUCCACGUGCAGCCUAUGGGUGUUUGUACGUGUAGGCAGAGCGAAGUGCUGUGAUAGGGUAUGCACUGUGUUGUUCUACGGGAGGUGGUGGUGGUGAAGGUGGUUCCUACAAGGGGCCACACGUAGGUGCACUGGACCGACAAGGUUGCCAAAUCGGGUCUGUCGGGCGUUAUUGGGUAUGCGCACCCAUAACAAGUAUCACACACGCAGCUGCGGCGUCACACGUAGGCGCAGGCUCACACCGCCCUAGCUAUCUUUGCUUGAUCUCGCUUCUAGUCACUUUGGCUUUAUCUCGCCACCGGACUCAAGUAAGUGAGAAGCGCGAGAGUGAGGUAGAUGCAACGAAAGUCUAACAUCAAUAUAAACGAAUUCACGCGCAAGUCGCCGUCCCUGCUCUCAUCCUGCUGUGGGGCAUACGUCCGACAGCGUCAGCAAUGACAGGUGAACUGUCGUCGGAGGUGACCCUAGUGGUGGCUGGAAGUUUUAUGGUGUGAGAGGUGAGUUAGCCGUGGUGACAUGGCCAUGAUUCCCGAAUUCAUGUAUGCACAUUUGGCUGAGAAAACGCUUACAAUGGCCGAACGUUCAGGGCUAGUGUUGACAUGUGGGACAGGAGUGGUGGGUGUAUGUUGGCCACAGGCACUGAUCCACCUGUCACAAUACGAUGAAUUUAUAGGUGGCUAACGUAGCAGAUAAAGCAUUCUAUGAUACCGGUCGCAAUGGGGACAGGUUGGAACCGAGUCCACACUAAGUGGGACGGUUGAUGGUUGGCAAGAUGGCAGGUGUGUCCCCGCUUGUGAUGGUAUUUUGUGAGAUGAGAGACUGGUUUGUUGUGUUGACAUUACACGGAGCCCAAAAGACCCAACUAGGCCAAUCCGAUCCCUAAGUGUCCGUAGACAACGUGGGUGUGACGACGGAAGUUGGGUGCUCGCGCCGUUGAUCUGUAACACUUGGGACAUGCCAGCCACUCUUUUCGCCUUUGGACGCUGCGAUUCGGUUGGCUUUGUAGAUGGCCGCUCCAGCCUUAACUGCAUUGCGCCACUUUGCCGAUAUUUAGCGAGAUCCUCUCCAGUGUCCAUGGUCUUCAGAGCCUAAGUGUGUCCAAACUUGUCCGCCUGCUCUGUGAACACUCCUUAAGACGCGGUCGUAGAAUAGUCGUUUGGAUAGGCACUCGCCAUCUCGUGACGUGGCCUCUCCAUGACAUUUGCAUCUGCCUCACCGUGGUGUAGAUACUAGGGAUGCGGUCCUUUGCCAGUUUACCUUUGUUGCCCACCCGAAACAGCUCAGGUGAAAAUCAUAUAGUUGUCCUGCCUGGAUCUCGUACACAGCUCACGUUUCUGCCCCAAACAAAAGUGUUGUCAGGGCAGUGGCCUUGUAUACCGGAAGUUUUGUGUUGAGAAGGACACCGUGGCGGCUCCAGGCGGACUGUAGUAGUCGAACGAGGACCUUGCUGGCUUUGGAGAUCCGACGUUGAUCUUGACGUUUAUUCAAUUGCACUCCAAGUACGUUCCUUUGCCUACUGGUGUGAGGUAAAAUCCACUGGCAUUGGUGCGGAGUUCUGUGUAGUCUGCUUUCAGGGCCGGGUGGUACAGUUCAAAGUUGGGUGGCUGGAGGCGAGAGGUCAGCCAGAUGUCCUCGCCCGUUUUAGUUUUUGUCCCGCAUUCAUCUGCAAAGUAGUCGUGAACGCUGGCCUUGGAAACUUCUGUAGAUGUGUUCAUCCACUGGAUGUCCAUCGAAUCGGUGGUCAGUGCCAAUUUCCCGCCGUUCUUAGAUGUCCUCCGUCAACAUGACAGAGAACUGGAGACUGGGGAGGGUGGGAACAAGUGCUUAAUCUUUCUUCACUCAGUUAGUUUCCUCAAAUGUUUCCGAGAGUGGCUUUUGUCCGUGGCGCACUCUGUCGUCCUGUGUAUAGCCUACUUCCAAUUUCCUUGCUUAUUUCUCGCGGUCAAAUUCAUGUCCGUAGUUCGGCGGUAUUCCGGCAGUCCACAGUUCGUUUCUGGAAAGAGUCCUUGUUCCAGAUGCGCGCUGAGGCGAUCGAGUAGGGCUCAAACAAUGAUUUCGCCUGAGAUGUUGAGAAGGGAAAUGCCGGUUACUCUUACGUUUACAAAUGUUACCGAUAGGGGCGUCCUUGAAGUCUUGAGAGACUCGUCCUUCACGUUACCUAAAAUAGGGAAGUAAGUUCCUUUGCCUGACAAAUUGGUGUAAAUUUCGACUGCAAUUUGAUCUGUGCUCAUUGCUUUUCCACCGCACAGUUGUUGCACUGUUCCACGUGUCUCCCUGAGGGAAGGCAGACGAUCGAUGUCAUCAUUGGUGUUCACUUGAGGAAGUCAGUUGACGGUUUCUUUGGAGAUUGUAGACACCUUGGAAGUGCUCGAACCAGCUCUCCAGUACAGAAGAUGUGCUGAUUCAUUAAAUGUUGGCCAGAAUUCUAGAAUGCGUUUUCGACUUGAAAAGGCUACUUAAGAAGGGUUGUAACACUGUUUACCGGGCAACAUAAUUCCAUAUUUCAGUUACUUUUGAAUGCCGGCUUUUAAACGAACUCCUUUCCAGCCGCCUGCAAAAGGUACACUACGUAAAAAUGACUGCUUAAGUAGUAUGGUUUUUUCUCGUUUUGAUGCCCUUUUUGAUUCAAAUAUAAGAAGUAUGCAUAAAACUAUUUUUUUACGAAUUUGAAAGGAAAUAACGUUUUCUCCAAAUUAAAUGCCCGGAGGAUUGGUAUAUGUCGGUUUUAAAAAACUUCCCCAUUUCCGAAUAAUUUUGAACCCGACCUGCCGUUAUACUUGCAAUCAGAGUUUCCAAAUUACAAGCUGAGUAUUUUCUGUAUACAGAAAAUGGUACAUUUUUACGCCAUUAAGAGGAGACCGUAUGGGGUACAUGAAAUUUCGCAGUAGAUUUGAGUUAUAGUGUAAUCUUUACAGGCAACAUUAUUAAAUGCAUAGGCACGCGGUUUUAUGAACGGGCGUUCCGUGGUCUCAAAAAAUCUCAUGAUUAGAAACUUUUUAGAGCCAAAUUAUACCCUCUUUUCAAGUAUAAAAUAUGACGAAAACAUUAUUUUUUCAAAUGAGUAGAAGAAUGGAUAUUUUUACACAUACUUCCUAGGAAAUAUAUUGGAAUUUGUAAGGGCAUCUGAAAUAAAUGGAAAAAAUGCAUACCACUUAAGUAGUCCCCUUUAGGGGGCGUAGUUUUCGCAGGCAACUGGAAAGAAGUUAGUUUAAAAGCCGGUAUCCCAAAGUAAAUGAAAUAUCUUGAGAUUAUGCUGCACGAUAAUUAGCAUUACAACCCUACUUAAGCAGUCUUUUUGAGUCGAAAACGCAUUUCAGGAUUUUGGCCAACAUUUCGUGAGUUGGCACGUCCACUGUAUAUGUGAAAUCUCCGUCUAUUGUGCCUCUUCGUCCUACCUGACCGGCGGAGCAGUCUCAUUCGUUUUUACAGGAUUAGGUCUGCACCAGACCACUAGUAAAUAUGCUUGGAGUUGUUUGCAGAGGUCACAAAGUGGCAACCAGUUGCCAGGCCGAACUCACCGAAAUAUGCGAGUUGGGAAUAUCGACAGAAGCAGUAGUCCGGAAAGCAACGAAUAGAUCUUGACCGUUUAGUUGCGAAGUGGGCGGAACCAAGUGGAUGAGGUGGGAGUCACAUUCCGCACCUUUGGUCCCCAACUCCACACGAUACGGCAUUCAAUGGGAAAGCGUUGGAUCUCACUCAAGUAAAAGUUGAUCUCAGUCAUACUUGGAAGGAGCUGUUGCAGCCAGACCCCCCGCUGUCCAUAACAGGAUUAUGUUAUCCCGACAGAUGUCAACUGUUAGUGCGUCAUAGCGGGCUGCGCUGUAGAUGUGAUGGAUCAAGAUGGGGACCAGGGUGGCUCGCGGCGCGCGUCCAUCGGGUUGCGCUGGGUCAGCGCGAACCCAAAACUCCUACCGUACAUGUGAGGAGUUGCGUGCCGUAUAUGUAAGUCUUCCCGCUGCGGUGCCACUUUCUAAUUGUUGUAUAGUUUAAAAACUUGUUUGCUGGUUUAUGUUGAGGUAAUAAAGCACUGGAUUUGGGCUAAAACAGCUUCACCUUUCUCUCACUACCAACGACAUAUCAAAGUCGAGCCAACUGGAGAUAAAAUUGUGCGCAAUGGCUGCCUUCGCGUAAUGCCUCCGUUUAACGUAUGCCACUUUCGUCACUCAUACUCACACGCACAACUUUCACAAUGACCGCCAUCUCACGUUUUUUUACGUUGGUCGCCGUUUUUUAGAACAGUCCCACGAGCAUAGACCGAAACGUGCAGUCAAGCGGCCACCGGCCGGUUCACCCUCGCACUCACCGCCGGUUGCCAAGGAGAUCGAUCUGGCCAAACUGAAACGCAUUCGCCAAAUGCUUGCCUCUCCCGCCAGUUUGGCUUUCACCUUCGAUGAGCUGGAUACCGUGUUUCAGCAUCUGACUCCAGUGGAAGAGGAGGCCGAGCCGGCCCCAGAAGCAGCAGAACCAGCAAAGGCAUCGGCAUCUUCCGAGCCAGAUGGUAAUUUUACUGGCGCAUCACUGCUAUACGUUUGCCUUCGUCGGGUGACAGGCCGUUUGCCUGUGAUGGUUUUGUCAGUAGUAUUUGUCGUUGUAUCUAACACAAAAAACAACACAAAAAUAGAUGCGCUAUAGUGCCAGACCUAGAAGUGACCGGCCAUCACUUUCACGCCGAGCGACAGUGCGCCGGUCCGCCUUUAUGCUCAAACAUGCUGGUUCCCCCUUUGCUCUUGUGCUCCAAGAUAUCUCUCUUGCAGGCGGUCGCAUAGUUACAAGCAGUUGACACUGGGAUGAGGAUAAUUAGGAGGGCCAGGAGGCUGGAGUGGUAAUUUCUACCCUACCCAUCCUGACCUCCGGCUUGGCACCUGAGGUUUGAGGUACGGCAAGCUGACCAAAAGUAUUCAUUCCAUCGUCAUUUUGUCACUUCUUUAACAUUACGUCAUCUGAGUUGGGUCAGAUUCGCGUUCGUUUGAGGAACUGGCGCGUGUUAAUGAACGGAGCCACGGAGCCACCGCGUCUGAGACCUUAUCUCUGGUCGCAUUGUCUAGGUUCAGACAUCGCGAGGCUGAUCCCACGUGACCUUUUCUCGCCAGAAUUGCCGGCCUUGCAUGUCCUCUUCUGAGGAUUAGCUGAAAGUAGAGUUGGAUAACAAAACUGCUACGACAGGACACUGUUUGCCCUACUUAAAAAAUUCAACUGUUUGUACAAAACUUAUCCUAUUUGGUCUUAAUUGCUCUGCUCAGGUAAAAGUUUUAGCGCUAAUUUAUCCAACUAAUUACCGGUUCGCUAUACCAACAACCAGAGUCCCACAUGGCGGCCCACGAGGUUUGUGGGUCUUCUGCGAUGUAUGCCGUCGCAGAUAUCCCCAAAGUGACUGAUCUUUGUGACGUUUGGAAUGUUCAGGACUUGUCCGCUAAACUGGAAGUAUGCUUAAUCUAACCAAUCAUUAGCAAAGGUUCUUUUCUUCGUUUAAAGACACCAAUUUAAUUGAAAUAAUUGAGAUAACGUUGGUUUAUUGGAAGUCUGUUAAGGUCUCAGGGCCCUCUAUGUUUGCCUGGAACCAACUUUUCAUUAUUCUUCCUCUUUUCCACACCUCUUGAACUUAAUAUCCUUAUACGUACACCAUCUCUGAUUCAUCCCACGUCAAAAGUGGAUUUCGAGUGAUGUGCCUCGAUUCUAACCUUUUUGCCUGCCAUACGUUGGCCGCUCGGUAGCCGGCUAUUAAGGUCCUUUGUGUACCUACAUUUUCCCGGCAUCUUACAAUUGUUCAACUUUUUUUUCUGUUUUAGCCUCCACCGAAACUAACCAUUUAAUUCUAAAACCGAGUUCGUCCGAAGAUUCUUCCAGUGAUUCUUGA